AUGGAUGAUCAGGGGUAUCUCUAUGUCUCUAACUACGAAAAACAUGAAGUAAGACGGUACCAAUCGGGAGACAAGAAUGGUACUCUCGUGGCUGAAGGCAAUGGCCGAGGAAAUGGUCUCCAUCAACUUAAUGAGUCAAGUUAUCUUUUUGUCGAUCGAGAACAGAAUGUCUAUGUAUCUGAACAAUACAAUCAUCGUGUAAUGAACUGGAAUAAAGAUACAAAAGAAGGCAUCAUUGUCGCUGGAGCUCAAGGUCGAGGUAAUGCCUUGACGCAAUUGAAUCAACCUAUGGGUCUUUUUGUCGAUACGUCGGGUACUCUCUAUGUAGCAGACACAUUUAAUAGUCGUGUAAUGCGUUGGCCUCAAGGAGCGAAACAAGGCACAGUGAUUAUGGGUGGGAAGGGCUGGGGAAGUCAAGCAGAUCAGUUCACGGGCCCCAUUGGUCUGUCCUUCGAUCAAAAUAGAAAUCUCUAUGUCGUUGAUUGUGAAAAUCAUCGUGUCCAACGCUUUUCUCCUGAAUAG